AUGGCCCGAAUCCCCGACCUCGCAGAUGCGCAGAUCGGCGCACGAGCCCGACGCCAUGGUACUGCCCUAGUCUCGAAAGAGCGGACAGCUCUCGAAGAGAGGGGCUUGAAUCUGAACACCAGGGUGGGGCGGCUUGUGGCGAGCCGGCCGAAGUCGUCAAGAUGGCAAGAAGCUUCUACCCCCCUUGGCCAACGAUCGAGGGGGCGUGCGGUAUAUAAGGUGCCUCCCCAAGGCGAAGCAAGCCCCUCUUCUCAAGAGCACAGCAAGCCCCUCUCCUCAACAGCACAACACUCUGCUCCACUCGUCUCUCUCACACUCGCAACGACCUCGUCACCCAAACAGACCGUCCAGCCUCCCGAGAUGCAGCUCAAGUUGGCCCUCGUUCUUCUCCCGGCCCUCGCUGGCGUGGCCAGCGCGGCCAGCAUCGGCGACAAGUCGUCGUCGCAGGCCGAGCGUGACCCGACGGACCCCAGGAGCCCGCCGCCAGAGACUGCGAGCACCAAGGGCCCCUGCAAUCUGCCGGACACGUGGGGAUACUUCAACGUCAGGAUCAACACCGCCAACUGUGGGCCAAAGAGCGCCUUCAACCUCAAGAUCCAGGACCCCGUCGUGCCCAACGGCAACUCGAAGGAAUGCAUCGAUGUCACAGGCACCGAUGGAUACUUUAUCGUCGCCAUGCCCGCCGACAGCAGCGCGACGCUGGUUCUCUCUGACAACAAAUCCAAGGCGCCCGCCCGCAAGGUCAGGAUCGACAGCUUCACCGCAGCGACGGGCAACGUCAAGCCCGGUCAGCCGCGUCACACCGGAUCCUACCCGACCUACGUCAAGGCCACGCAGGAGGGCUGCCCAAGCCCCACCCACAAGGUCGACCCUGCCUCGUGCAGCUUCCCGCUGUUCAAGAUGACCUUGGGCAACAAGAACGCCCCCGUGCCGUCCGUGGUGUGGGGCGGCAGCAAGUACGGCGAGGGUUGGAGCUGCGCCAGCCCGCAGGGGCCGCCUGUCAAGGAAGGUCUGAGCAACGGCGGCGGCAAGGUCGACAUCUACAAGGGCAAGCCCGACCCCGGUCACCCCGCCUACAUCGAGCUCGACUACUGCGCUCCUGCCGUGGCAGACAUCAACUCUUGGUGCAAGGCCUGA